AUGUCAUAUGGAGAUGAUGGGGGACAAGGUUGUGAGGUAUCUUGUGCCUCAUCAUCCAUUCAUUUCCCCUCUUCAUCGUCGAAAAAUGAUGUUGGAGAUCUGGAAAUGGCAAAACAGUGGACGUACUAUGUGGAGGCACUUAAAACCACAAUUGACUGUCUAUAUGAAAUAUGCCGUCAGAAGCAAAGCGUUGUUGGGUGCAAGGAAGCGAUUAUAUAUCUGUCGAAUUCCGUGAGAGAUUUUGAAGCUUUAAUCGAGUCUAUCAAUGUUGAAAUAUUGUGGGAAAAUAAAAAUCAGCCUCAUGCCGUUGCUUGGGAAAUACGUAAGACAACCACUUCACCACCAGGUAUUUCAAAAGUGGAUCCGACUAAAAAAAGGGAGUCGGAAAUGUUAAUUGAUGCUUUGAAUGUGUUAGUUUUUAUUUCUCGCGAAUAUUUGAAACUGUCUUUUGAGACCUUUUUUAUGCAGGUUAAACGUCCGGCAAUGAAUGUGUAUGAACGUUUGACGUCCACUAGAUUAACAUGCCCACGCAGCGCGAUGGAUCUGCCUCAGACUAAGGCUUCUAUGGCUAAAAUGGCCUACAGUCGGCAGCUGUUAUGGCUGAAACACAAACCGCUUCUUGCUGAAAAACUCGAGAUGAAAAGUGUUAAUCAUUCCUCUACCUCGCAAAUUUGCCCUGUUUUGCCUGAAGGUAUGGAUCCUGACGAGGCAUGGACAGCUAUGACUGAAGAGGAAGAAUCUUUACUUCAGGAAGAACAGAGUCUCACCAAAGAAAUAGAAGAGGUAGUUGAGAGGGUGAAAACUACUCACUUAAAAUGCUUACUUAAAUUAAAAAUUUUUUUAGAGGAGAUGGAAGAGUACGCGUCAAUGAGCUGGGGUGAAAUUGUUGAGCGCGAAAUAACCCAUUAUAGAAAGCCAGGAGAUUUUGCUCAAAUACAUGAAAAAUUGUUAUCUCCAAGUAGAAGAAGGUUUGUUUGCGAUUCUGCUAAUCGAUGUCUGGAAGAAAGGCAACAAAGGGCGGAAGAACUGAGGCAAAUGUUGCAAGAUCAGAAAGCUGAAAGGCUGAAAGAACUUUCUAGAAAGGUCGAAGAAGUUCGGAGGAAACGAGCUGAAUUACUCGAACGUAAAAGGCACCAUUUACAAGAACGUAUGGAAAAAGCUGAAGAAAAUCGUCAGAAGAGCAUUGACGAAAUAAUAAAGAAAGCACGGGAUGAUGAUCGUUUUAAGGUCAUGCAGAUCAGUUUUAUUAACGAACUCGAGGCGAGAAAUAUGCGUCAUGAUGUAAUGGCAAAAAAUCAAGAAUGGGAGCAAAGGGCACAGUUAUUGGCAGAAGAAAGGGCUCGGAAAGUAGAAGAAAAAGCAGCUAAGGAAGCAGCUGCUGAGGAGCGUCGUCGAAAUGCUGACACAGUAUGCCUCCAAGAAUACUUUUUUCGUCGAUAUUAUAUUUUUUACCAACCAGUUUUUCAUAGGAAAGGGCUGAAAGGUUCAGAGAAAAAGCAGAUAAAAAGUUGGCAAGACAUGCGGAAAUUGAGAUGCAGAAAAUAG